AUGUUUCCCGCGAAUUUCUCCGGGUAUAAAGCUUGUUCUAGAAGAAUCCAAGUAUCAUAUCAUGAGUUUCAAAGCGUUGGGGCUCUCCGGAGGAAGCGAUACGUUACUGCGGCAGAUGAAUUGGUGGAUGAGGGUCCGGGCCAAUAUGCGCCGACAAUUAUAAUAAAAGGAGGUUUUCUCGGUGAGCCCGAGGUUUCCAGGGUUGGAAACGUACACUUUCAGGUUUCAAUAGAGCUUAUCGUUGUAUAUCGCUCUAGUUAA